AUGGGCGAACAACGCCACGAUGACGCUGAGCAACAACUCAGUGCAAACGACUCUCUUGGGCAGUUCUCUUUUGCACCAGCAACUCGGACAACCGUUGUGACGACGACGACCACGACAACUACAUCCUUCCCACCGCUCCUGAUCAAACCUCCACGUGCAACAAAAGACCUAGAUCCUAGACUUUAUCCUCUCGCUUCUCUGCCUACCCCAGCAAACCUCAAAAACGUGCGAUUCAAGAUUGGAAACCAGUCCAUCAUCUUUAAAGAACCGAAUGAUACCUUGGCAGCUCUCACUGAAAACUCACGAUCCUUCCAGUUGAACGAGAAGAAUGACGCGCUUCAGGCCUCCAACGGCUCGAUUCGCUCCGUUAAUUCCUUCGCUACCGAGGACGACAAUGUUACCCGACGCUUAGCGCCACCGCGACCUGUGCGGCAAGUCAAUCAACCUAGUCCUCAGCAUUCCCAGCAACAGCGACCCGUCUCGCCUAUCUCGAUAUCCGAGCCUCGUCCAAUUAUUGUGCCUCGGACACGGCGGGUACCCUCUGAGCCGGUCAUCCGACGCAAUCGUCCUGCGUCUUCCUCGACCCACCUUUCCGCUGGACUGGCUACUCCCGGACUUGAAAACAAUGUGAGUGGUCUCGGCGAGAGCCAGGCCCAGGGCCUAGGGCAGCGAGCUCUAAGUGCGGCCCUUCCACGCAGAGAGACACUGCUCCGGUCGCCUCUCUCUACUGAACUCGAGCACGCUAAGCCGAACGAUCACAACCUGGGCCAACAACUCCCUCUGCACACUGAAUCGCAGAGAAGCGGGCUGAUCCAAAGCGCUGCUGCCACGUCACACCCGGCCUCGUUCGAUCAGAACACGUCGUUUGAAUCCAGCGAGAAUGCUUCCCAGCGAAGACCAGAAUUGACAACGCAGCUGUCAGCAAUUGAGAAUGCCAUGGCACAGGACAUGUGCCUGCCCAGUCCUAGCUUGUCCCCGGUAGCCGCCAUGAAUGCUUUGCACGGCGAAGCGUCAUUUGACUGCGAGGAGCCAGACGUUGAUACUGAUUCCAGUGCUGACAAUGGGGGUCCGCGAUACACGAAGGCUCUUCGUCGAUUAGAUGCUGACCCGUCUCGAGGUCGGAGUCUGGCCGCCUCCCAGACGGCAUCCGCGCCCUCAUUGAUGGACAUGCCUCAGGUCCUCCAGUUUUUCGAUUCGGUGCCAGACGAGCUCAAAAGUUACAUGAUGUAUCAAUUUCUACGACGUUGUCCCAAGCCAACCCUGCAUUUCGUUGCGGAGGUUGUGAACCCAACUUUGAAGUGCGACUUUUUGACUCUGCUACCUCUCGAACUCAGUUUGAAUAUCGUCAAAUAUUUUGAUGUGCAAACCAUGUGUCGCGCAUCGCAGGUUUCCAAAAAAUGGCGUCACAUUGUCAGCUCAGAUGAGAAGACUUGGAAGGAACUUCUUGACCGAGACGGUUACGCGUUGUCCGAAGGCGAGCUGGAGCGAGCCAUUCGCGAAGGCUGGGGCUGGCAAUGCAGCAUCUCGAAUAAUUUCGAGCGUGAUCUCAGCAAGGCAAUCGUUCCCGUUUCCUGGCCUGCCAAGGAAGGAUCUCCAAUUGCCUCGUCCUCCCAAGCCCUCGAGCCCAUCUACGAGCCUUCCUCCACUCCGAUCAGACGAGCGAAGCGCAAGGCAAACACCCGCACUCCGAGUAGAAAGCUGGCAAAGCGAGAGAUUGCGGCAUCCGAAGCACCAUAUGCUGCCGCCAGUGCUGCUGCUGCCGCUGUUUCCUAUCCGGACGUGGGCAUGCCCUCGCUCCGUGGGUUGUAUCUCUACAAAGCGCUCUAUCGUCGCCACCACGCCAUUCGCCAAGGGUGGAUGAACCCGGAUGUGAAGCCGCAGCAUCUCGCUUUUCGAGCCCACGAUCGUCACGUCGUCACGUGCCUGCAAUUUGAUACCGAUAAGAUCCUGACUGGCAGCGAUGACACAAACAUCAACGUCUACGAUACCAAAACUGGCGCUUUGAAAGCGACCUUGGAGGGUCACGAGGGCGGUGUGUGGGCACUCGAAUAUCAUGGAAACACCCUGGUAUCUGGCUCAACAGAUCGGUCGGUCCGUGUAUGGGACAUUGAGCGUGCCCGAUGCACUCAAGUAUUCAAUGGUCAUACCUCAACAGUGCGCUGCCUACAGAUCAUCCUUCCGACGGAAAUUGGGAAAGAUGCACACGGUCGCAUGGAGAUAAUGCCCAAGGUUCCUUUGAUUAUCACUGGUUCUCGCGAUUCGAAUCUCCGUGUCUGGAAGCUCCCCAUGCCCGGCGAUCGGGAAUACUUCCCAAGUGGUGCCUUGGCGGAAGAUACUGAUUGUCCCUACUUUGUACGCACUCUGUCCGGCCACAGUCACUCUGUCCGUGCGAUCGCAGCACACGGUGACACCCUCGUCAGUGGCAGUUACGACUGUACAGUCCGGGUUUGGAAAAUCUCAACUGGCCAAGUCCUUCACACCUUACAAGGUCAUUCCCUAAAGGUCUACAGUGUUGUUCUUGAUCACAAACGAAACCGCUGCAUCAGUGGUGCAAUGGAUCACUUGGUCAAAGUCUGGUCGUUGGAUGACGGCUCACUGCUGUACAACCUUGAAGGUCACAACUCUCUGGUCGGACUGCUUUCCCUACAGAACGACUUUCUCGUGUCUGCCGCCGCCGAUUCCACUCUUCGAAUUUGGGAUCCUGAGCAUGGUCACUGCAGGAGCAAGCUGAGUGCUCACACUGGGGCAAUUACCUGCUUCCAGCAUGACGGCUACAAGGUCAUCUCCGGAUCAGACCGGACGCUGAAGAUGUGGGACGUGAGCACUGGUGCGUGUGUGCGUGAUCUUUUGACCGACUUGAGCGGUGUCUGGCAAGUGAAAUUUAAUGAUCGACGCUGCGUUGCUGCGGUGCAGCGUGAUAACUUGACCUAUAUCGAAGUCCUUGAUUUCGGUGCUGCCCGAGAUGGCGUUCCCGAUACCAAGCUCGGCAAGCGAAUUGUCGUCAACCGUCGUGGAAGGGAGAUCGCCGCCGGCAAUGUCGACUCGGGCUCGGACUCGGACUAG